AUGGCGCCUGAGCUUUACAUCCCGCCCUGUAUGCGCUCGCCGGCCCAUCCCCUUCAUCCGCCGCCCCUGAACAAGCCACUCCGCAUCCAAAUCGAGGGCCCGCUGGUGUCCGUCCAGAAGCUCUUUCCAGAAGCACCGUGGCAUGUCAGUGAGAUCCCAACGUCAUUCCCGCAGCCGGCUGGGCCAUUGCUAGCAAGACUGGCGUACCGAACAAUUUAUGGCCACGAGGUUCGCCCCAACGUUCCAAACGACAUCAUUGUGCGUGAUGAAUAUUUAGGCUGGGUCAGGGAAGCAAGACCGUUAAACCAAAUUGACUAUUAUGGUGUCACUUUCGAACAUUUGGUCCCCGCAGAUGAUCCGGAUCCUGAGGUGUUUCAAAUUAACAUCAUAGAGAUGGACGAUGACGAGGGGGAGUACGCGAAUAAGUAUCUUCCGUUUCGGGUGGACUGGAGAGAGUUCACGGGCAAGAGGAUCCUCGCUGUGCCGAGAUGCUGCCAACUCAGAAAGGGGACAACAGAUCGGUUGAGAAUAAACGACGGAGUGAAGCGAAGAGAGGAUUACGCGAACGAGCAGGAAUCUUUUAAUGCAAAGAGUCAGUCUGGAGUCUUUGGACCAUAG